UAUCAGCUAGCCUCCGUGGGAAUCUGUACUUAAGCUUCACUCAGACUGUGACAAGUCUGUCCUGUCCCCGACUCCAGAAGUUAUCCUCAGCGACGGUCUGCUUUGCUGUAUUCGUAAACCUACAAAGAUGUUUGGGUGGCUGUUUCACCUCGGCUUAGAUGCAUUCAUUAUCAGUGCAUUCCUCGCUGGCAUAAGACGCUCAACAGGCCUCACACCUGCACUAUCUCAAGUUCCAAACAAGGACAUUCGCCAACUGUUGCGGUCGUAUCUUGAAGUCGGUGAAUACGUAUUCGACUUUGCAGUCGUUGUAUUCGGACGCUCCAGUUCUUUCGAGAGGAGGCAUUGAGUUUCCCAAUUCCCAUUUGUGUUCCUUCUGCCAAUUCGUGACAACGGACCGCACUCACAGCUUUGUAAUAUUUUAUUCCGAUGACACAUAAUUUGCUUACAGCCUUAAG